GCUAAGAUUUUUUGGUCCUUAGAUCGAGUCAGUCCUAAGUUGAGUCAAUCAAGGGUGUGAGUCUAAGUGGUGAGGAGUGGAACUGAUUUUUGGUUGUGCACCUUUCACCAUGGUUGAGACGCAUAGUGGCAAGAGCACCACCCUUUACACCCAGGCUCAGGAAGAGCAAGCCGCCGCCAUACUGCGGGAGAGAAAAGAGAACGAGACUAAGGAGUUAAUUAGACAGGCUAAGAAGUUGGUCGUGCAGGAGGAGCAGGCGGCGAAGAAGAAGAAGUUGGAGGAGGAGAUGGAAAGAUUGAAGGAGGAAGAGAAGAUGAAGGAAGUGGAAGAGAAGAAAAUUGAGGAAGAAGAAGCAAAAGAAGAACCUCAGCUCAAAAGGAGUGCGGAGAAGAGAGGUGAAACUAGUGGCACGAAGAAGGAUGCAUCAUGGUUGGAGACGAAAGUGUCGAAGUGGGUAGCUAAUUUAUCUCUGGGAGAAGAGGAAGAGGCCAUGUUAUAUGUCCCCUUAGGGAAGAAGGAAGCCGUAAUCGGGGAGUGGGAAGCGGAAAAGGACCCUCUGAGACGUCAAACUAUAGAGGAAGAGAAGAAGUUGGAAUGGAAAUUGUGUCUCACAAGGGAAAAGAAGAAAAGGAUGGAGGAGGCAAACAAGGUGGCGAGAGAGUUGGAGGUGAUAAAGGCGCAAAGAGAGGAGAUAAAGGCGCAAGAAGGCGUACAGGGAAAGUUAGAUCCAGGAAAGGAAAGGAGACUGCAGAGAGAAGCUAGGGAGAGGGGCAUACUGCUGAGGGCUAGGGCAGCAGCAGUCGAUGCUGAGAGGGCACUAGCAGCAGCCACAGCAGCAAAAGCUAGAGCCACAGCAAGGGCAGAGGAGCUAGGCAAGUUAGAAGACGCGGAGGCAACACGGGCGGCUAUGAUAACAGGAGACAAGGCAGCAGUCUAUACAGUGUAUCAAACGAAUUACCUCGGGCAGAUCAAGGCUUGCGAAAACCACUGUACAACAAAUGGAGGCACUGUUGCCACUGAAGACGACCAUUCUCGUUCCUCACCUGAUGGUGGUGCAGUCCCAGCACAAGGAAUGACACCACCUGACGCCAUUGGCUCAGCUACACAUGGACAAGGCGACAAUGAGGACCUAGUUGACCAGAUGUUCCAGUUAGAUGGCGGAGGAACAGACCCAGGACCAGCAUCGAGAAGUGCAAAGGUGCCACCAUCGCCAGUCCCGACAGAUGGACCAGUGGAUGUGAGAAGGCAAGGGCCUGGUUUGGGGAAGGGUACCAUGAAGCAGGGAUCCUCCACUGCGAAAGAGGGGCAAAAACAAGGGCCCUGUUCAGCAAGGAAGAGCUCAAAACAAGGACCUUCUGGAAGACGGAGCGUUGGAGGGGAUUCAACACCUGUGACUGGGCUGGAAUGGCACCAAGCUUAUCCUCUGGCAGAUGAAAGCUCAAGGCAUGGUGGAUCUUCUUGCGUGAAGGAGGUAGGAAAACGGAGUAUGACGCCUGAUCAUGAGUUACUGAAGCAGAGCAUUGUCGUGUGCGAUCCUACCAAAGCCAGAGCUGUUAGCACCCAAGUGCUGUUGGCAGGGCGUGAAAGGUUGAGCUCCGUGGCAAGUGAGAUCGGUGGAGAGGACCGUGACGAGGAUUGGGAGGAUGGAGGGGAGGGUGAGGAUGGGGAGAGCGCAGUUCAGUUUUGCAAGACCAUCGACGGGGGAAAGUUUGUGUGGUCAAGGGAAAGAGUGCUCACCCUCUUCAGGACCAUGCGUGAGCACUCUGUUCUGGCAACGAAAAAAAGUGGGGGUGUUACGAGUGCAAAAAAGUGGGACUAUGUUCGGGAGGUGACGAAGUUUCCCUUGACAGCAACGCAAUUGGAGAAUAAGUACCGAAACUUGCGGAAACCGUAUGUGAAAUAUUGUGAAGUAGAUGAAGAAGUCAGGAAGAAGAUCAAGACACCACCUUUCUUUGACAUUAUGGCAGAGUUCUUAGGACCACUGCCACGCAAUAAUCCUGGGCGGGGGGGUGUAGACUCCUCCGUUGCUGGCAGUGACAACGAGGAGGAGGACACACAAGUCGAGUGAAAGUCAAAAUCACCAGCAUCACAAGAAUUGCUUUUGAAACACAACCAGCAGCAGAGAGCUUCGUGAGAUGUGGGUGCGCUGCAGGAUCCGAUCUGACAGCCGCUGCUCAACUGCAGUGGCAGCAAUAGAUAGCAAGGAAGGAAGAAGAAAAUGAGAUGUAAGUCGUGUGCUCUUUCUCUUUUUGCAUAUAUGCGGGUAGCUGAUCACUGGCUUGUGGGCCUGUCACCUGGGCCAUGGAUUGGGCAGCAAUGAGAUGUGUGUCUAUUGUACAGUCGGUAUGGCUGUGUGGCUGGUUAGCAGUACAGUGGCUUGCUUGUUGAGUACAUGUUCUUGGAAUGAAAGGAGACUGCUUUUGUCGGGCGUUCAGGCCUCUGUGUUUUUUGGCAAUCUGGCAACUGGCAGGGCAGGUAUGGGGAAGGUGUGUUGCCGAGGAAAGAGUCUGAUUCACACAUUUACGAUGGAUAAAUGGAUGAGCAGGGAGACACGCUACUGGUUGAGACGAUCGGACCAUAAUGUUUUCUGCAAGUGUCGAUGUAUAAUUGUAUUAUGGUAUUUAGCAAAAAGUUUUCCACCCACAUGUGAGACUUACAGGCGGAAGGCAUCAGUCUCUGCAAUGCCCUCUCUGCUGUAAUCUGUUGCUAUGCGUUCUCAUUCCAGAUA